AUCAAGCAGCUAACUGGCCUCGUUUUGGUUCGCCGCCAGUCAGCAGGCUUCGUUUUUUCCAGCCUCUAAUACCACAAGUUUACAACCCACCCGCAGUCUCCACAGAGGCUUCCCAACCAUGGUGGGCGUGUUGAUGGUGGCCGAGAAGCCUUCACUGGCCUUAUCCAUCGCUCAGAUUCUCUCCAACCAUAAGUGUGUCUCCAGAAAAGGCUUCAAUGGAGCUUGCUCCGUUCACGAGUGGACCGGCUCCUUCCAGGGACUCCAAGGGGUCAAAUUCAAGAUGACCUCUGUGUGCGGACAUGUGAACACCUUGGAUUUCCCCUCUAAAUAUAACAAUUGGGAUCGAGUAGAUCCCAGUGAACUCUUCUACUGUUCCACCGAGAAAAAAGAGGCCACACCCAAAUUAAAGAUGCCGGCGUUUUUGGCCGCCGAAGCCAAACACAAUGAAUUUCUCGUCCUAUGGCUCGAUUGUGAUAAGGAGGGCGAGAAUAUCUGUUUCGAGGUCAUGAAUUGCGUACUGGACAGCAUGAAACGGCCUCAAGGCGGUAUGAGACAGUUUCAUCGGGCCAAGUUCUCAUCCAUUACCGACAAAGACAUCAAACUGGCCAUGAACACCCUAGUGGAGCCCGAUGAGAAUCAAUCCAAGUCCGUGGAUGCCCGGCAGGAGCUGGAUCUUCGCAUCGGGUGCGCCUUCACUCGCUUUCAAACCAAGUUCUUCCAGGGCAAAUACGGUGAUUUGGACUCAUCCCUGAUCUCUUAUGGUCCUUGCCAAACGCCCACUUUGGGCUUUUGCGUGGGUCGACACGACAUUAUUCAGACCUUUAAACCUGAAACUUAUUGGACUAUCGCUGUGAAGGUCAAGACUGAAUUAUCAGGGCGACAACUUGUCUUGGAUUGGGACCGGCAACGUUGUUUCGACAAAGAGGUGGCCCAAUUGUUCCUAUCGGAUGUGAAAAGCCACAAAUAUGCUACUGUGACUAACAUUUCGUCCAAGGAGAAGGCCAAAGAAAGGCCUAUUGCCUUGAAUACGGUCGAACUGAUGCGGGUGGCCUCCUCUGGCCUUGGCAUGGGACCUCAUCAUGCUAUGCAGAUCGCCGAGAAACUCUACAUCCAAGGGUUUAUAAGUUACCCACGAACCGAGUCAACCCAUUAUUCGGAGAAUUUUGACUUGAAGGACGCCCUCCGACAACACCAAAACUCGAGUGAUUGGGGUGCCGAGGUCCGGGAAUUGCUCUCGCAGGGAAUUAAUAAACCCAAGAAAGGCCAUGAUGCCGGCGAUCACCCGCCAAUUACCCCAAUGCGGGCAGCGUCCCGUGACCAGCUGGAUGGAGAUUCAUGGCGGGUCUAUGAUUACGUGGUUCGACAUUUCAUUGCUUCCUUGUCCAGAAAUUGCAAAUAUCUCAGCACCGUCAUCACCAUAGCAAUCGGGGAUGAAAGUUUCUCCAUGACGGGUAAAAAGACCAUUGACCCGGGUUUCACGGCCUUAAUGACAUGGCAAACGCUGCUCGAGGACGACGAGAACUUACCCACGGUGAAUAAAGGUGACCAACUCAUGAUUGAUGAUGUGCGAUUACUCGAGAAACAAACAAGUCCCCCGGAUUACCUCACCGAAUCGGACUUGAUUACCCUAAUGGAGAAACAUGGUAUCGGUACUGACGCAUCCAUCCCGGUUCACAUCAACAAUAUUUGCCAAAGGAAUUAUGUGACAAUUGGGGCUGGACGAAAAUUGAUCCCCACGACCCUUGGGAUUGUUCUGGUCCACGGCUAUUUGAAGAUCGAUCCGGAUUUAGUCCAUCCGCAGAUGAGAUCGGCCGUAGAGGAGCAGCUGGAUCUGAUUGCCCAUGGACGCGCCAAUUUCAAGUCCGUGCUCAAACACACUCUAGAAAUAUUCAAGUUGAAGUUUCAGUAUUUUGUGAGUAACAUCUCUGGAAUGGAUCAAUUAUUUGAAGUGUCCUUCUCCACUUUGGCCGAAAGUGGGCGGCCCUUUUCCCGAUGCGGCAAAUGUCGACGGUUCAUGAAAUAUGUUAUGGCGAAACCCAGCCGUCUCUAUUGCAAUACCUGCGAUGAAACGCUGAACUUACCUCAAAACGGUAACAUCAAGUUAUAUCAAGAGCUCAAAUGUCCUCUCGACGACUUCGAAAUCCUCUACGUCACAGCGGGGGGCAGCGGGAAAAGUUAUGUGUUUUGCCCAUAUUGCUACAACAACCCGCCUUUCAGGGAAAUGAGAAAGGAUAUGGGUUGUAAUAGUUGUACCCAUCCCACUUGCACCCACGGCCAGAAUAGCAACGGUGUGUCUCAAUGCGUGGAGUGUGAAGAGGGUAUUCUGGUGUUGGAUGCAGCCUCAAUUCCCAAAUGGAAGUUAGGCUGCAAUCGGUGUGACGUCAUCAUUCGAUUGUUCAAUGAUGCAGCUAAAGUCUCGGUGUUGGAUGAGAAGAACUGCUCGGAGUGCGACGCUCAAAUCAUGAAGGUCGAGUACAAAGAGGGCAAAAGCAAGUUGGAGGAGGGUGAACUGACCGCAGAGGGUUGCAUUUAUUGCGAUGAAAGUCUCUCCAGACUUGUAGAGAAACAUCAUGCCGUGCUCAUGCGACGCCGACCUAAUCGUCAGGGAACGGGUCGUGGUGGGGCGGGACGUGGUCGUGGAAAGCCAGGACGGGGUCGUGGAGGAAAAAGAGGAAAAGUGCCCAAGGAUAAAAUGGCCCAAUUGGCAGCCUAUUUUGUCUGAACACCGCCAUUCGAUUUUCAAGGUUCCUCUGUCUCUCUUAUUUACAUCUCUAAUUAAUAUACUAAUCUUUGUUGUUGGUUCUUUUUCGCAAUACAAUUGAGCUCUUUUCAA